UUCGGCUAUGCAUCACGAUUGUAUGAAAAUGACGAAAAAGCUGAAUGGAUCGCUGAGGAACGCCAUUUAAUACCAUAUCGAAAUAAUCCACAGUUGAUGUUUGAUAGAUACGACUGUCGUCUUAAUUUGAAUGAUCUUGCGGAAUUCGAUGAAUAUAUAUUGUUAGCAGAAAACAAUGAAACAGCUCCUGUAGACCAGUGUCCUACUGAGGCGUUAGAAGAAGAACUAUGUGAGGAAGAACGUUACAGAGAUUUAUAUGAUAUUAUUCAUAAAGAUGAAGAAGAGGCAUACAAGCGUCAUCGUGCUGAAAUCAUAUUCAAAUAUGAUAUAGAAAAAGAAGAAAGUAGCAGCAGUGAGGAGGAAAUUGACGAACCAUUUCAACCUCCCGAAAAUAUUAAACUACCAGUUGGGAUGAAUCUUCCAGAAUCAAUGAAAAUUAAUGCAGUUAUUGAACGUACUGCUAUGUUUGUCGUCGCGCAAGGUGCUCAAAUGGAAAUAGUAAUAAAAGCAAAACAGCGUGGUAAGAUGGAACAGUUUGGUUUUCUGGAGUUUGAUCAUCCUCUCAAUCCAUAUUAUAAAUAUAUAUCGAAAAUGAUUCGCGAAAAGAAGUAUAAUCCUAAAUUACAUGCUCCAAAAAAAUUAAAAGAGGAAAAAGAAAAAAGAGCAGAACUGACGAAGAUGAAUUUAGCGAGCAGUUUAUCUGCAUACAUCAGCGAAGAUGACGAUUCCGACUCGAAUGAUGGUCAUUAUCUUCAUCCUCUUCUUAUGGGAGGAAAAAAAAGUAAUAUGGAUGAAUAUAAGGAUUUUCCUUUGAUAGGACCAAAAACUAAAGAAGAGCAAGAAAUUCCGAAGUCAUCAACUCCAAAAAUCCAAUACCAAUUAGGGAAGGUAAAAUUUUAUAGUGAUUUUUAUAAAAUGUGGAAUAAUUAUAAUCAUCAUUUGAAUAAAUGUGUUCAGGCAAAUGAUAUGUACUCAUCAUUGUUCAAUACUGCAAAAUCAUUAGAGUCUGUAAACGAUGUUAUGAGCAAAGAUGAUUAUGCUGAGUGGUAUUUAUCAUUCUAUGGUGAACCUCCACCAAGCGCGAUACAACCGACUGUUUUGCCACCUCCACCGGAUUUAACUGUAGCUGUUAAUACAGCUGCGGAAUAUGUAGCAAGAUAUGGAUGUGAAGCAGAGUACCACUUGGCUGGUAGAUCAGAUUUAAAUAUGGAUUUUUUGGUAUCAACAAGUCCCUAUUAUUCUUAUUAUCAAUCACGAAUCCGUCAUUAUCAGUGGAUAUGUGCAAUGGAGGCACAAACUGCACGUCAUCAGGUUCAUUAUAAAUUAUUGCAGUAUUAA